UUUUAUUGAAGACUGUCACUCAAUAUUGUUGGCUCCAUCUACGAAAUAACAAUUAGUGACAACCGUUUGAACCUGAUGGAACGCUGAAAAUGGGACACGUAUUUACAUUGGGUUUCCAUAGCCAUCCAACUAAUGAAUAAUUAAAUCGCACUGUGAUCAUAAUGGAGCAUUAUUUAUCCAAGAGAGCGGGGAUUUUUGAAGCAGCGUUUGUAAAACGCCAGACGAGAUGAGCACAAGAGAGAGCGCACGCACUGAGCAUCCUCACCUCUACUCUCCUCUACCACUGAAGGACGUAGCGGCAGCUGAGACACACUGCUGCUGCCGCCUUCUACUAUUUUCUACCUUUGUGUUCUGAUCAGCUCUCUCACUCUUGUUUCGCACCCACCCCUGUUCCCCCACCCCUUUCUCUUAGCAUCUCAAAAGACCACUGAGUGAGAAUCGAUGGCGCAGAGGCCCGCCUUGCUGACAGGACAAUAAACCACAAAAGGAGAAGGGGCCCUGCGAAGCAUUGUUGCGCUUCACUGUGAGACCCCGCGGUGCUCCAGUGAUGCCCAGGCUGACGGAAGAGUUGCCCCAGAGUCCUGCCUCUGCAGCUGGGUGCCCACCUGGACAGAGCCCCUGAAGACACUGGAGCCUCUGAAAUCCUGACCCCUCGACCCUGACCUCAGGGUGAAGCUUUCCAUGAGGCCCCCGCGAGAAGUCCCUGACCCCUGACCCCUCGACCCUGACACCUCUGCAUGGGGCGCCCUGCGUAUGAACUAGUUGACAUGGAGGAGGAAGACGGGACGUGUCUACUUGAUGUUUUGUGUGAUCCUCAAGCCUUGAAUGACUUUCUUCAUGGGACCAAUGAGCUGCAGAAUGAAGACCUUCUCAUUGCCUGUUCAUCUGGGGAGCCUUCCUCCCUCUUCACUGACACCCCGAGCCCUGUGUCUCUGUUGGCAGAUGACAUCACCAGCUCUGAGGACACACCCCCUGCAGGAUGCAUGGACCUAUCCUUCCUGGAGGAGGCUCUUCUGGGUUCACCCGAGGGAGGGAAGGGAGACACGGAGGAGGAAGGGGAGCAGGAGGAGGAGCAGCAGGAGGAGGAGAUGGCCUGUGACAUCCUCCAGCAGAGUCUCCAGGAGGCUGACAUCACAGAGCACACCAUGGCCCUGGAGGCGGGGCUCAUCCAACCAGGACCAGGAGAAGGCCACGCCCAGUCCCUCUACACGCCCAGCCCGCCUGGCCCUGCACUGCUCCCUCCUCCCGCUGCUGUGCCGUUCCUCUCCAAACCCCUACCUUUCCCCCAGCCUCACCAGGCGCCCCCCACCUUGCCCCCCAUGCCCCGGGAUACCCAGGCAGCUGUGGAGCCUCCCCAGCCCUCCCUGCUGGCGGUAGGACCAGGCUGCCCCUCCCUGAAGCCUGCUAUUACCCAGCUGAUGGGACUUCUCCCCGGAAAUGUCUUCCCUGCGCCUCCCCCAGAGACCUCCUUCUCCCUGACCCCUGCCCAGGCUUCCAGCACCUCCUUCUCCCUCAUACAGAAGGCAGUUCCUAGCCUAACAGGGCUUACGGGGCACCCCUUGUUGGCUCCAACCAUCAGAGGGGCUGCUGCUCCUGGGAUCUUUCUCCAGAGAGGGCCCCUGCCCAUUCAACCCAAACUACCUAUCAGCAUCCAGCCUCGAUUGGUUCAGAUCAGCCCCAAACCUCCUGGACCUCCAGGUCAGAACACCUCCCCAGGCCUAACCUUCCUUCCUGGGACACCAUCGUCAAAUAUCCUCCUGUCCCCCCCUCCUCUGUGUUCCAAGCCUAUUCCCCAGCCACCUCCCCAGCAAGCCCCCCACCUCAACGCCCCCCACCUCACCAAACCCCAGCCGCUCAGCCUGCAGCUCGUCAGCCAGGGGGGAGGAUCCUUCCUGAUCCAGCCCCAAGGUCUCUUCCAUGGCCAGAACCAGUUCCUGUUGCCCAGCCAAUCCCCCGUCACCCUGUCCCAGCUCCCUGGCAGCGCAGCGCGGCCGCUGUUCACCCCGGGCCGCCAGGGGGCGCCGGUCCAACCGGUCCAGGGUGUCAGCCCCUCCGCCGGCCACCACCUGUUGGAUGGCUCCCAGAUACUGACAGCCGUGCCUCACCACCGGCAGCUCAACUUCAGCCCGCACACAGUCUUCACCACCGCCACCCCCUCGGGGCAACUGUCCCUGCGCCCGGGCACCCUGCUCUCUGGGCCCCUGCAGCUGCAGACGGGCCCCCCCACUGUCUUCCAGAUGCCGACCCAGCUGGCGGGGGCCUACGCCCCUCAGAGGGCCCAGGGCCCGGGGGCUCCGGGGCGGCCACAGCAUGCCACCCUGCUCCACAGCCCAGCUCUGGGGAACAUCGCCCUGAUGCACAGCUCCGGGAUGCAGCUUGCCUCCAGCCACCCAGACAGUCACAUGACUUCCAUCUCCAUCCUCAACGCCCCUCCUGCUGUAGUACAGGCCAUGCCCUUCACCCCGCAGACCGCCAGGCCUCUAGUGGGCACGACGGAUGGACAGAUCAGCGUCCAGCAGGCCUCUGUGGUGUUGCUGCCUGACAGAGCUGGCCCCGGUGAGAAGGGGGACAAUUCGCCACACGUGAUCCAGUCGAGCAAGCAGCCUUUCCAGCAUCAUGCCUCACCACAGCCCUCCACCGCUGAGCUCCAGGCCGCUUCUCCUGUACUGACGCUCCUUGAGGCCCUUCAAGCCCUGGACCCACCCGGGACACUACCCAAACACCUACUGGAUCCGGCAGGGUCGCAACCCAAACAUUUCCUGCACCAGACCGAGACUAAAUCAGGGGUGGAGGAGAUUCACAGCACGGUCACGCACAACCAGUCCCAGGACUUUAUCCAUCAACUGCAGCAGCAAGCACUUACUUCUCCAAGCCCCAUCCAAUGGCCUGAGGUCCUGGCUGGGACCGUAGCCCUGUCUGGGCAAGACCCCGAUACCUCCCCUCUGGCCAGUGAGAUGACAGCUGAGCCCCCUCCACCCAUCCAGCCAGUGGUUCUCCGCCAGGCAGCAUCCCUCUCAAUGCCCUGCCCCAGUAUGGUGCUGGCCUCUCCACUACACCCAGAGACAGAGGAGGCCAACCUGCCUGGCGAGUCUCCAACCCUGCUAUGCGCGUCUCCACCUGGGCAGGGUUUAGGGUCAACACCCCAACCGGAGCGAUGCUUAGAGACGACUUCCAAACAAGACAGUUUUACUUCUCCAUUGGGACUACCGGGGCCUGGAUCUGGGCCUGGAAUUACUGGAGGCCAAACACAGACUGGCGUUUACAGAAGCCCCUCCCCUUUGUCUGUCAGACCCUACCCACAUCCCAACAGCAACUCCCCUCAGGUCCAUCCUGCAGUGUUCGGCAGCCCUAGCUCUUCCACCUCUCCUCUAGCUGCUUCUGUGCCUCAGGAGGAACAGCCUGACCACCUUCUAGAAACUCUUCAGGAGGAACAGCCUGACCACCUUCUAGAAACUCUUCAGGAGGAACAGCCUGACCACCUUCUAGAAACCCUUCAGGAGGAACAGCCUGACCACCUCCUAGAAACUCUUCAGGAGGAACAGCCUGACCACCUUCUAGAAACCCUUCAGGAGGAACAGCCUGACCACCUCCUAGAAACUCUUCAGGAGGAACAGCCUGACCACCUUCUAGAAACUCUUCAGGAGGAACAGCCUGACCACCUUCUAGAAACCCUUCAGGAGGAACAGGCUGACCACUUUCAAAAAACAGUUCACGAGGAACAGCUUGACCCACUUCUAGAAACCUCUGAUGAGGAACAGCCUGACCACCUACAAGAAACUUUCCAGGAGGAACAUCCCAACCAUCUUCUACCAACUCCUCUGGAGGAACAGUCCAACCACCUUAUAGAAACUACUCUGGAGGAACAUCCCAAACACCUUCUAGAAACUACUCUGGAGGAACAUCCCAACCACCUUCUAGAAACCUCUCUGGAUGAACAGCCCAACCACCUUCUCAAAACUCCUCUGGAUGAACAUCCCAACCACCUUCUAGAAACUUCUCAGGGUGAACAGCCCAAUCACCUUCUAGAAAAUCCUCUGGAGGAACAUCCCAACCACCUUCAAGAACCUUCUCUGGAGGAACAUCCCAACCACCUUCUAGAAACAUGCUCCAAUGGUGAGGUGGACCAGGCUAACCAGCACCAUGCUGUACAACAGCACAUAGAGCAAAGCACUGUCUUGGCCAUGGAUAUGGAGAGACAAGUCUUUAUUGAUGUCCACCCACCUUCUCCCAGACUCCAUGGAAACCAGGGGCCUCAAGGGCCCCAAACCCACAGAGACCAGGACCAGAGGCCCCAAGCCCACAGCCAGUAUAACCAGGGUUCCCAGGCUCACAGCCAAUACAACCAGGGGCCCCAAGUUCACACCCUGUAUGGCCAAGGGACCCAAGCCCACAGCCAGUAUGACCAGGGGACCCAAGCCCACAGCCAGUAUGACCAGGGGCCCCAAGCCCACAGCCAGUAUGACCAGGCGCCCCAACCUCACAGCCAGUAUGACCAAGGACCCCAAGCCCACAGUCAGUAUGACCAGGGGCCCCAAGCGCACAGCCAGUAUGACCCGGGGACCCUUGCCCAAAACCAGCAUGACCAGGGGCCCCAAGAUCACAGCCAGUACAACCACAGGCCCCAAGCCCACAGAGAGCAUGACCAGUGGCUCAGAGCGGUCCAGACAGCCCAGCAGAUGAGGGUGAAGGUGGCUGGCCCGGUGGCUGUAGAGAGAGAGCAGAGGUACACUCAAGCUAUGCGCAAGCACAGGUUCCAUCAGCAGCUUUGGCAGGACCAGGAAGUGGUCAAGAACCCCCAGACCUGUUCCUCCUUCUCGUCCGUGGAGGAGGCUGUGACCCACCUGUUACCCUACCACACCUGUGCCAGACACCUGCCGGGCCUGGACCACUUCGAUGCAGUGGAUGAGCAGUUUGACUCUGUGUCAGGGUUUCUUCUGAAACGCACCAAGGACAUGCUCAACAGAUACAGACAGUUGCUGCUGGGGGAGGCACUGCAGGUAAUGCCAUCGGCAGAGAUGGUGAUGCUGGAUCGUCUGUUCCUUCAGUCCGAGAGGUUUUCCCUGGCGGAGGACAGGAAGAUGGCCCGCAGGGAUCCAGAAUCCUUCCUGAUGGCCCUGCAUGCAUCCGAGUCCCCCAGCGCUGGGUCGUCCCGUGUGGGCCUGGAUGUGUCCAGAUGCCCCCCAUCCAAUCCUGCCUGGACCAGACUCUCAGACCGGCCGCCGGGACUAAGGACUUACUGCUCCUCCAGUCGCGGUGGCCUCAGGCUUACAAUAAAACACCAGUCUGGAUCUCGGAAGGUUAUUCACAACUCAGCAUGCGACACCAUGCAGCACAGCGCCCCCUCUGCUCACAAGCGGGACUACAGCGGGCAGCCGAACAAUGGGAGCGGUGUUCUGAACGAACAGAACCUGCAGGGCUCCUCCCAUAGAACCUCUUGCCUUGCGAUCGGUGAAAUCACGUCAAAAGGGGCCCCGCCCCCUGAUGCGAUAGACGUCCCACAUGUUGCCUGUGACAACGGCAGGACCACCGUCCCGCCAACAAAGACGGCAGGGCUGGACUCACAAUAUGGAAGUGUCUCUAACACCCAUACUACUCCGAGCUUAGAGCGACAGACUGACUGCCUACAGCAGCCGUCUCCAGACCAAGAGAUGAGUGCCCCUAAGCUGAAACGUUUCCGGCCCACGCCUCAAGACAUCCCUUUCCAAGAGGACAGACCGAGCCCUCGUCCCAAGCCUCCAGACCUCACAUCUAAGGCAGGCGGACCCACAUCUCCAGAUCUCCUUUGUCAGGCCUUGCAGCCCGGCUACAGACUAGAGGCUUGUCCUGGCGCCACACCGCCCCACCUAGGGGAAAAUGCCCUCAAUGAACAUUUGCAGAGUGCCAUUAACAGCAUCCUGGAGCUGCAGCGCUUGCAGGGUCCCACAGCUGCAGGUCAGCCCCGGCUCCAGGGGGCGUGCCAGACCACAGGCCCCACCUCAGCACUGGACCAGGCCCUCACCAGCAUCCUUCAGGGGCGUCUAUAGCAACACUCGGAGGGAGGGGCUUAUAAAGCAACGUAGGCUGUUUAUCAAUAUUUCUUUCCUUGAUUACGCGCCUCGUCAAAACACGAGGGGGGGGGGGGGGGGUAAACAAGGAGACAAAUGAGGAGGGGGAGAAGGGAGCGGACAGGAAGCACCCAAACACAGACAGACACUCUUCUAGAUGUUGCAUACUUUAUUUAAUGUACAUGUUUGUGAGAUUAAUUCUAAUUCAAUAUGAUAGAUAUUGUUAGAUAGUCGUAGUUUGAGGACUUUCAGAAAUUCCUCCAUGAGCAAAAUACCUUGAAAUUAAUAUUUAAAAUAUGUAUUUUUGAUUUAUAAGAUGUUGAGACAACAUUUUGAUGUGUCACUCAAUGAUUAACAUCAGCAUAUUUAUAAGUAGUUGUUAGACCAAGAAACAGAAGGACUAGACUGAGAUUAUUCAUUUGAUACUUAAAAAAAGGUUCAGUUCAAUUAAAAUACACUGUAGAAACGACAUACAGUGUAUUUAUUUCAAUAAUCUGUGCCAACUGUGUAAAAACCGAGCAUUGGAUUGAUCAAGAGCAGAAAGUGUGUGUGUGUGUGUGUGUGUGUGUGUGUGUGUAUAUAUAAUUUCUUGAUGUGAAUCUUUGUGCCUGAGGCUUGGUGGGGGGGGGUUAAUGAUUCUUAGAUAGUGUGUGAGUGAAUCGGUCAGACAGUAUUUUAAGAAACGUCCUGAAUGACCUGAGGAUGCAUUCAUCCAAACUGACAGACUCCGGUUCAGAUUGUCGUACCCCAAAGAAACAAUGUUCAUCCUGAAUACACCAGCAGCCAAUGGCAGCAUUGCGCCAAUGAUGGAGCAUGGAGAAAAGAGACAACAUUCACCUUUCUAAGCAAUCUCUUGGAUGCGCUCGAUCGGAAAUUGCUGGAGGAUGUAAAAGAUGCAGUAGUUGGUUGGACGAGUGGAUGUUUUUCAUUCACGCUGGACUAAACAAGGGUGGGUCCAUUGCUAAAUGGGCUGGUCCAUUCUUUUGCCCGGUAGACUUUCCUAACUUGAGAUUUUAAUGAUGAUGAUGUGGGGGGAAAAUGGGCUGGUGUGUUUAAAAUGCCAGGUCCGAUUUCUGGUCCAAGUCCACUGCUGAAUCUAGCUGUCUUUAAUGUCUUUAACUUUUGUUUUAAGAGAACAGCUCUCAAACAUCUUUACAAGUCUGCACUGAGAGGAGGGCCACUAUUCCGCAGUAUUGUUGCAGCCCUUUCAAAUCAGGCUCGUACCAAAAUGGCUAAAAAUGGCUAAACUAGCCAGAAUACACACAUUUUCGGAACUCUUGUGCCUGGUUAUGAAGAAUUUCCCUGAGGCUAAUUGAACAGGCCCAGCUGGCCACAACUCGCCUGUAAUGCCAGGUAAUCACAUGGCCUGCUGCCACACAGUAAGUAACAGCCUCUGUAGUGCACUACUUUAACCAGCGCCCUAUAGGGUGCCAUUUGGGAUGCAGAAUAUCUAUUACUGGCCAGUUAACUUGCCGCAUCACGGCUCCAGAACCAAUCACACGGUCUGGCUCUGAUCUGGACCUUUGAGCAGCCUCGGACCAAAAAACAGACUGGAAGAAUCAUAAGCUUCAUUUAGUGUAACCACAGAAUUAGGCUGUUUUUUUAUUACUGUUCAUCAGUGAACUUUUCUAAUAAUAAGAAAAACAAACAGAAAUGUGAUUAAUGUUAAAACAGUUGCUGUGAAGCAACUUCAUUUGGUUUGUACACUUGACAAUCGAUGGUUUAUGUUUCACACAAUUCUAUUGGCAAUACUUUUGUGUUUUUUUGUUAUAUGUUGGUCUUUAACUAUACACUGCAUCAGCUAAUGUUUUAAUGGCCACCAAAAUGAGGGUCCUGGAAUUGUGAAAGCACUGUAACUCAGAAUAGGAAAGAACAAAGUUAAACUCAAUACAUUUCUUUGCUUAAAUAUGACUGGGAGUCAUCUAUUCUAUAUCAUAGUUCUAACUCACAGUUGAAUGGAGUUUGAUACAGAGUGACAUGCAGUGUUCAUAGAACACAGCCUUGCUAAGGAAGAAUAUAUACUGCAUUAAUGAUUAAAUACAAUUGUGAUCGUUAAAGUUCAUGACUGAGGAUGCACUGAGAAAAAACACAUUGUCCUGUUUGAAUUCAAUAAUAGUUUGUAGUAGAGGCAACACUUCUGCUUAUUGAGCCACGUCUGAUUUGUCUUAUUUACUGUAAUGCAUUUUGUUGUUUUGAUGGAGCUGUGACACUGGGGGGUGUGACCAGGUCCCACCCUAUCCUAAAUGCACUACUUUAGACCAGGUCCAGUGAGGCUCGGAU